GCCUACCACACCCUGGACGAGAUCUAUGACUUCAUGGACCUGCUGGUGGCCGAGAACCCCAACCUGGUCAGCAAGCUGGAGAUCGGCCGCUCGACGGAGAACCGGCCCCUCUACGUGCUCAAGUUCAGCAGAGGGGGGACAAAUCGCCCGGCCAUCUGGAUUGACACUGGAAUCCACUCCCGUGAAUGGGUGACGCAAGCCAGUGGCGUCUGGUUCGCCAGGAAGAUUGUCCUGGAUCAUGAGAACGAUGAAGGUCUGUCCUCCAUCCUGGAUGAGAUGGACAUCUUCCUGGAGAUCGUCACCAACCCCGAUGGCUUUGCCUACACCCAAAGCCAGAAUCGCAUGUGGCGGAAGACCAGGUCCAAGCGCUCGGGCUCCCUUUGCGUCGGUGUGGACCCCAACCGCAACUGGGACGCAGGUUUUGGAGGGAGUGGGUCAAGCAGCAGCUCCUGCUCGGACACGUAUCAUGGACCCUAUGCCAACUCAGAACCCGAGGUGAAGGCCAUCGUGGACUUUGUGAACAACCACGGCAACAUCAAGGCUUUCAUCUCCAUCCACAGCUACUCCCAGCUCCUGCUCUACCCCUAUGGCUACACCAGCACCCCAGUGCCCGACCAAGCGGAACUGCACGAGCUUUCCGGGAGGGCGGUGGCAGCUCUGUCUUCUCUCUACGGCACCAAAUUCCAGUAUGGCAGCAUCUACAAGACCAUCUAUCCCGCCAGCGGCUCAACCGUCGACUGGACGUACAAUCAGGGCAUUAAAUACUCCUUCACCUUUGAGCUGCGGGACACGGGGCGCUACGGGUUCCUGCUCCCCGCCAAGCAGAUCAUCCCCACUGCCGAGGAGACGUGGCUGGCGCUGAAGGUCAUCAUGGAGCACGCGCGGGACCAUCCGUACUGA